CUUUCUGGGUAAAGAUGGAUGCUCACGAUUUGUUUCGCCGGCUUGGCGCGGGGGCGAAAUUCGACGUGAGACGCUUUUCGGCGGACGCAGCCAGAUUCCAGGUAGGAAAAAGGAAAUAUGACUUUGAUUCUUCGGAGGUGCUGCAGGGACUGGACUUUUUUGGAAACAAGUCUGUGCCAGGUGAGUGUGGAGCAUCAAGAACUCAUCAGGAGCUCCAGGAUGAAGAGAAAAAAGAAAGCCUAACUGAAAGGAAGAGGGAGCAGAACAAGAACAAGAGGAAGAAAGUGACUUCAGAAGUUACUUCUCAAGAAGGUUCUACUAUACAGUGGAUAUCAUCAGUGGAAGCAAAGAUUGAAGAUAAAAAAAUCAAAAGAGAAAAUAAACUAACUUCAGGAAAGUUGGAGCAGCUCAGAAAAGAAAAGAUAAACUUUUUCCGGAAUAAACACAAAAUUCACGUCCAAGGAACUGAUCUUCCUGACCCAAUUGCUACAUUUCAGCAACUUGACCAGGAAUAUAAAAUCAAUUCUCAACUGCUUCAGAACAUUCUAGAUGCAGGCUUCCAGACGCCUACGCCAAUCCAAAUGCAAGCCAUUCCAGUUAUGCUUCAUGGUCGAGAACUUCUGGCUUCUGCUCCUACUGGAUCUGGAAAGACUUUGGCUUUUAGCAUUCCCAUUUUAAUGCAGCUGAAACAGCCCGCAAAUAAAGGCUUUAGAGCCCUGAUUAUAUCACCAACACGAGAACUUGCCAGCCAGAUUCAUCGAGAGUUAGUAAAAAUCUCUGAGAGAACAGGAUUCAGGAUACACAUGAUCCACAAAGCAGCAGUGGCAGCCAAGAAAUUUGGACCUAAAUCAUCUAAGAAGUUUGAUAUUCUUGUGACUACUCCAAAUCGACUAAUCUAUUUAUUAAAGCAAGAUCCUCCAGGAAUAGACUUAACAAGUGUUGAAUGGCUGGUAGUAGAUGAAUCAGACAAACUGUUUGAAGAUGGCAAAACUGGGUUCAGAGACCAGCUGGCUUCCAUUUUCCUGGCCUGCACGUCCCACAAGGUCAGAAGAGCUAUGUUCAGUGCAACUUUUGCUUAUGAUGUUGAGCAGUGGUGCAAACUCAGCCUGGACAAUGUCAUUACUGUAUCCAUUGGAGCAAGGAAUUCUGCAGUGGAGACUGUAGAACAAGAGCUUCUCUUUGUUGGGUCUGAGACUGGAAAACUUCUGGCCAUGAGAGAACUUGUUAAAAAGGGUUUCAAUCCACCUGUUCUAGUUUUUGUUCAGUCCAUUGAAAGGGCUAAAGAACUUUUUCAUGAGCUUAUCUAUGAAGGUAUUAAUGUGGACGUUAUUCAUGCAGACAGAACACAGCAACAGAGAGAUAACACAGUCCACAGCUUCAGAGCAGGAAAAAUCUGGGUUCUCAUUUGCACAGCCUUGCUAGCCAGAGGGAUUGAUUUUAAAGGUGUGAACUUGGUGAUCAACUAUGACUUUCCAACCAGCUCAGUGGAAUAUAUCCACAGGAUAGGUCGAACUGGAAGAGCAGGGCAUAAAGGAAAAGCUAUUACAUUUUUCACUGAAGAUGAUAAACCAUUAUUAAGAAGCGUUGCCAAUGUUAUACAGCAGGCCGGAUGUCCUGUACCAGAAUACAUAAAAGGCUUCCAAAAACUACUAAGCAAACAAAAGAAAAAGAUGAUUAAGAAGCCAUUGGAAAGGGAGAGUAUUAGUACAACUCCAAAAUAUUUCUUAGAAAAAGCUAAGGAUAAACGGAAAAAGGUCACUGGUCAGAACAGCAAGAAGAAAGUAUCUCCUGAAGACAAAAGUUAAAAACAGACUUUUUUUUUUUUUUGAGGAAGAUCAGCCCUGAGCUAACAUCUGCCAAUCCUCCUCUUAUUGCUGAGGAAGACUGGCCCUGGGCUAACAUCCAUGCCCAUCUUCCUCCACUUUAUAUGGGACGCCGCCACAGCAUGGCCUGACAAGCAGUGCAUCGGUGCGUGCCCAGGAUCUGAACCGGCGAACCCCAGGCCGCCGCAGCAGAGCACGCGCACUUAACUGCUUGCGCCACCGGGCUGCCCCGUCCCCCCCCCAGCCAAAAAAAACAGACUUUUUAAAAGACUAUACAGAAAUAUAAUUUUAUGGUCCCAGUGUGAAUGUUGUUUUCAUGGAAUACUUCAAGUCUUAUUAUAAUCACGUGUACCAAACAUUUGAAAUCAGCUGCAAGAACAUGGGACUGGUGAAAAAUGAUUCUAAACUACCAAGUGUAUCAUGUCAAAUUACAAUUUGUAGGUGACUUUUAAAUGAUUAUACAAUGGAAAUAACAUUCAUGGACAUUUCUGUGGUUUGAAUCCAGAGAGAUACUUCUUAUAGAAGAACAAAAGCUUAUGCUAAAAAUAACAACACCCAAAUGUGGUGAACUCUUAAGGAUUUUUUCCUUCAAGUGUGAAGGAAGGUGAGAUGUAUGCUGUGGAGAGGCAUCUGGAACCAAAUUUCAAAGUAAAGCUUUGAGAUUGAAUUUCCCUUCCCACCCCACCCCCCUUUUUAUUUUGGAUGGACAAGCAGCAGCACAUGCUGUCUUCCAAGAAGAAACCUACUGCACUCUAUUUUACCAUUUCCUAAUUUGCUGAUGGUCUUUUGUGGUAUGAGCCACAAUAAAGAGAUGCCUCUUCUGUGGCUGGUUAUUCAAAUUCCCUAGGAUUUUAAAUUCUUUGGUCUAUGAAAUAUCUUUACACCUCAUUGCUAAGGUAGCUCAUAAUCAUUCUCUCCCUUUCUUCAUUUUCCAUCCUUUAACCAUGCCUUUCCUGUCUUUUUCCAUUCAAGAUGACGAUGCUUGAAAACUGAUAAACGUUUUAUCCCGAUAAGGAAGAAUGUUCCUAUUACUUGAUACACCUCUGGCUCUGUUCUCUUACAGCUUACCUUUCCUGAGGCUUUAUGGCCCUUCAUCCAUUUAGUAAGCAGGUCUCUGCCAAAGGUAAAGGAUUAUGAUUAUACACUGGUGGAGACUGUUCACUGUUAGAUUUUUCUGUUGCUAGUUUUGUACAGUGAAAUAAAAAAUCGACUUCAUACAUGUAAGGAACUUAGAAUGAUAGCUGACAUGAAUGCUAUUAUCAAUACUACCACAAUACUGUAAUAUAGAUAACCUUUUCUCAACAUCAUUUAAAUUAAACUUAUUUAUUUCCUUUA